AUGUACGUCUACUCGAUGCUGGCGCUGGGGCUGACCGUCUUCCUGACGCCGUACAUCAGGAAGCAGGCACCACUGCAGUGUCUGGCCCUGGCGUGGUUCUACCUCAUCGACAGCAUCGUCAACGCCGCGUACACGGCCCGGAUGAUCUCCGAGCCCGGGGUGGCUGCGUCGAGGGGUGUUGGGUUUGCUGGUCGACGGGUGCUGGACAGACGGUACAGCGUGUCGCCGGUGACGGUUGGCAUUGACGCAGAGGGCAUGCCUGUGUCGUCGUCGUCGUCGUCGUCGUCCACGAGGAGUAAGAGUGCUGGAUCGGCGCUGGAGGACGGGAUGCUGCAGCCCGAGAGCCUGCCCAGCCUGGCCAUCAUCUGCGUGCUGUGGAUGGUGCGGCUGUACUUUGUCUUUGUGAUGAUGGCGUUUGCCAGACAGUGUCUGAAGCUGCAUGCGUUCUACCGCCGGAGCCAGGGCUCCUCCAACCAGGCCGGCUGCGUCUCGCACAGCCGCAGCGCGUCUACCUCUACGGCUGGGAAUGCGGACUUUGAGCCCAACCCGUUCACGGCGGACGGUCCGGACGGCCAGGGGUGGAAGGGCAAGCUGGGUCGUGCCAUGGUGUCGGUGGGCAGCGGCUACUGGCUCGACCGCAACGACGACGACGACUGGAUGUUUGGCGUGGACAGGCGGUUCAACUCGAGCUACCGGAUGGUUCCCACGGAGAGCAGCGGGCCCGUCGAGCGGGAGAGACGUCGACGGUCGGGUACGGGCCCGCCCAUGCCUGCUCCUGGGGUGCUGCAGGCCGUCGUCGUGCCUCUGACGCCGUCGACGACGCAGCCUCACUCUGUGCCGCAGUCCCCGUCGACCUAUCGACCCGUCCCUCCGCUGAAGCUCUACCAGCAGUCUGACGAGAGGGAGUUCUAG